AUGGUGAAUGUUUAUCCCACUUAUCUGUUCAAUAAAGGAAGAAACUAUAACCACGGGAGGGGUGGCAUUGGAGGGGCUAUCAGAGACUGUGAUAGUAACUGGAUUAUAUGCUUUAACAUGUUCAUUCCUCACGCUACCAACAUAUACAUGGAAGGCCUCGUCCUUAUUCAGGGUCUAAAAAUAGCUAUACAACAAAAUAUUAGGAGAUUAGUGGUUGAAACAGGCUGCAGUGCUCUAGUUAACAUGCUUACUAACGAUAAUGGUCCGUAUCAAAACUUGAUUACUGAUUGUAGAUGGAUGCUUACUAGAGCAGGAGAGCCACAGGUCACUCACAUCUUCAGAGAAGCAAAUGGAGUGGCUGAUGUUAUGGCAAAAAAUGGAAGCAACUCGAAUUUUUUUGGAAAUCCUAUGUUGUACUUCUCCCCGCCCCCUUUUGUUGUUUCUACUUUUGAACUGGACAAGCUAGGAACUUUGUGUCCUAGAAAAGUCCCAAUUUGUAAUAACAUUUAA